AUGGGUGAUUGCAAUCAUCCUUUUUAUCUCCAUCCAUCCGAUUCCCCGGGGAUGUUUUUAGCGAACUAUGUAUUUGAUGGAAAAGGGUAUGGAGGCUGGCGCAGGGGAAUUCUCAUUGCUUUGUAUGCUAAAAAUAAAGUGGGAUUCAUAGAUGGCACCUCUGUUCAACCAAAUAUCUCCUCUGAUUCUUUCAAAUCUUGGGAUCGGUGUAAUGACGUGGUGAUCUCCUGGCUAUUAAACACUCUCUCUAAGGAGAUAGCGGAGAGUGUUCUCUACUCCAAGACUGCCAGGGAGAUUUGGACUGAGCUUGAAGAGAGUGAGUCAGUCCAAGGAAGUUUGGAUAUAGCAUCUUACUACACCAAGCUCAAAAGGCUUUGGGGUGAGCUCGACAGUUUGGACACUUGUCAAUACUGCACUUGUGAUUGCUCUUGUGGAGGAAAGUCCAAGACCUUCAAAUCACAGCAGGAUGGAAGGUUGAUUCAAUUUCUUAUGGGCUUGAAUGAUGCCUAUUCAGGCACUAGAAGCAACUUGCUUAUGCUAUCACCUCUGCCUUCUAUCAACCAUGCCUACUCCUUGCUCAUUAGGGAUGAGAAACAAAGAGAAGUUCAACUUUCACAUCAUCCUGGUGAAGAAUCUUUCCUCGCAGCAAAACAACAAUAUGGAGCACACAAGUUAUAUAAUGACAAGAAAACAUAUGCAUAUGGAAGGAAAUAG